CACAUCCGGGUUGUCAUUGGGAAUCUUAAAUAGUCUGGAGCGCAGCUGGACCAACAGUCUUCUGUUUUUGAAAUUCCUUCUUCGAGUCUGCGUUGUGAUCUGAGGUGCUGUACAACUUUAACGAUGCAGGUUCUUCGGAUUCAAUGCGCAUUUGUGCUUCUUUUUGCAGCGCUAUGCUGUCUGGUUACUGCCAUGGAUGGAUUGAUUGAUGACGAAGAACAGUAUGGAAUAAUAAUGGCGAGGAUGCCUUUACUGUACCAAGAGUGGGCUUUGACAAAGAGGGAUGUCUGCGCUGAUGCCAUUCCCGGGACGAAGACCUCGAUAUGUACGCCAGGAAAUACACUCUGCUGCACACCCAACAACACAAAUUCCGCCUUUCCGCAAUGCCAAACAAUUCUGGGUUCAGGAUACUGCUGUUUAUCUGCAAACGGUUGCUACAUCGAUACUCCGUCCGAUUGUGCCGCAUCCAAUUCAGUUCCUUGCACAAUGCUCGCGGCUGGCACGACCGACGCGUGUUGUCCGCCUUUCACAACAUGCCCCGCCAAUUUCAAUCAAUCCUCCACAGUUCGAUGCAACCUCGCCCAAAAUGUUGGAUCCUCAUCCACGUCCUCGACGAGAUCCUCAACAACGUCCUCGAGCACGAAAUCAUCUUUCUCUUCUGCUACCAGGUCCAAGACCACCUCUCAAGCUUCCGGCACCCUCAGUCCCGUCAGCGCAACAAGCAACGCUGCUUCAGCCACCGGGACCAUCACAGCCUCAAGCAGUGGUCUCUCACCCGGCGCAGACGCCGGCAUAGGUGUCGGCGUAGCGAUCGUCGUUCUCGCCAUCGCAGCACUGGCAUUCUUGGCAUACCGGCGGGGAAAGAAGAAGGGAGCAGCAGCCAGAGCAGCAGAAGCACAAGCUGCGCCUGGCACGCAGAUGUCACCAGUAGUGGGACAACAGCAGUACUAUGAUCCGGCGAAAUAUAGCGAUGCGCCACCGUUCCAGCAAGGGUUUCAACAGCAUGAACUCCCAAGUCAGACGACGCAUGGCCGUCCUGCUGAGUUGGGUGUCGACCAUGAACAGCAUGAGUUGCCGUGAUAGAGCGGUGGGAGUGGAGGUUGUAUAUAAUACUCAAUAAAUCGCUCGCCAUUUUGAGAUACCAUUUGUUGCGUUGGAAUCGGCCGGAUUUGAAUGGGAAAGGGUUAUUAGAGUUUGGACGAUCGAUGCCAGAUGGGAGGAUUACAUUCAAGAAUUUCCGCCUCAGAUUCAGAUACACUGUUACUUUUCUAGGGCAGGAUUUUGAUUUUUGCCAAGCAAAGAAAACAUGGAGUUGGUUUACAGAUGAGGAAGGGUUAAAGGCGUUCGGUUGCGCCGCUAAAUUGCAUUUGUUGUACCUCUGGUACAUUUUCCCAGCACCGUGGGA